GUGUCGCGUCCUCCGCUCGGCGGAGCAGGAGCGCUACACUUGGCUUGGAGCUGCGCCCGGGCGCGCCGUAGGAAGAGCGGCCGCGUCCCCCGAAUUCUCACGACCCCCGGACCUCGUGGCAGGAAGGACGCAGGUUAACCAUCAUGAGAAGAUUCCUGGUGACCUGCUGGAUAGCAGUUUUCCUUAUUCUGCUACAAACCAAUAUCUCCCUUUCUAAAAGAGGAAAGAACAAACCAGGUGGCUGGAAUCCUGGGAGCCAUCGUCAGCCUGGCGGUUAUCCACAGCAACCUGGCUACCCACAGAACCCUGGUUAUCCAGGAGGAGGUUAUCCCAGAAACCCUGGCUACCCACAGAACCCCGGCUACCCAGGAGGAGGUUACCCCAGAAACCCUGGUUACCCACAGAACCCUGGUUAUCCAGGAGGAGGUUAUCCCAGAAACCCUGGAUACCCUGGAGGAGGCAGCUGGGGUAGUUAUAACAGUAAGCCAUGGAAGCCCAAGCCACCCAAGCCUAAGAUGAAACACAUGGCAGCAGCGGCAGCAGGAGGUGCUGUAGCAGGUGCUGUCGGUGGCUACCUCUUAGGCAGCGCCAUGUCCAAUAUGCAUUUCCGUUUCAACAACUAUGAUGAGGAACGGUGGUGGUACGAAAACCGAAAUCGUUAUUCCGAUCAGGUUUACCACCCAAAAUACGAACCGUCCAUGUCAAGAGAUGUCUUUGUGAGAGACUGUGUCAACGUCACUGUGAGAGAGUUUACUGAAUCCUCUGGGAACCAAACAGCAGAUGAAAUGGAAAGGAAGGUUGUGACCCGAGUGGUACACGAAAUGUGCACAGAACAGUACCGGUUGGUAUCAGGCGUUGCUAUCCUUCUUGCUAACCCUUCCAUGCUUAUGAUCAUCACAUUUGUCAUCUGUUAUCUGAUACACUGAGGAGGCCAGAAGGAAUAAGAUAAAAACAAUCUUUUUCGUGGAGAACAUAUUCUUGCUUAUGCAUCUCUUUGAUGGGAGCGUCUGUAAGAGCUGUUGCAUCUGCUAAGUGUUAAUGAACAUACACACUGCCAAGUGCACAUCCUCCUUCUAGAGCUGUCUUUAAUUCUGUAUCUAGUGGAACAAAAUCAGCUGGACAGGAAAGAGACCAAGGUGUUGUUUUGUAAGGUGUGGAGAACAGGUAACAAUCCAGCCAUCUUCAGAGCUAAUUCAUCCUAAUUUAACACAAUAUAAGCAUAACAAGCCUUCCUUUCCAGUGUCUCCUGGUUAUGUGAACUCCUCACUGAAACUACUAGCUUUUUGAGCGUUUCUUGUAAUGAUAAAUACAGUUUCACUUUCUGAAUGCAGGAGACUAAUUUUUGAGUAGAGUCAAUAGCGUCCCAGAGGGUGACUCGAAAUUACACAGUACAGGGUGGGGGGGGGGAUUUUCACACUUGAUCCUGUUGUGAAAUAUGCAAACUAAACAAAGUGCAAGGCAAAAGUUGCUUGGAAAAACUGCCUCAGGGCCUAACACAGAAUACUGACUAAAUAACAUGAGAAGCCAUUUUGGUAUUCCUGUUUUUGUUCAGAUUCCAGAAACGGCCCUGUUAGAUUUGACAGCAAGGAGGGAAAAUGUGGUUGGAGUUUCAGGGACCAGGGUGCCCUUCCACAAAGACAUGCCCUAUGCUCCUGGUUUCACAUUUUAGCAAACAUGGCUGCCAUGUGGAAAAUGGGCUUCUUGGUGAGGUCUGUUCAUGCACAAUGGGACUCAUGAUGACUUAGGCCCAUGCAUCUUUUUUGUGUGAUGGCAUGCAUAACCUGCAGAAACUUAUAUAAAUUAAUGACAAGAAUCGCAGUAAAGCAAGCAAGUGUAGAGGGCAAAGCCCAGGAGCAAAAUUUUGAGCGUAGAUGAAAAAAUAUACUCCAGAUUUCUAGAAGGCGAUUUCAGUGCUGAGAAAAUGAGACCCAAACAGCAAGAGGUCUUUCACAUUAUCUAUGAUCUGAUUUUUUUUAACUAAAGACACUAAGAUUGAACCUAGAACCUUUUGCAUGCUAAGUAGAUGUCUGCCCCUGAGCCACAGCUCCUUCCAAAUCAACUUCUAUUAAGUCACUGUAAAUAAUUGAUGAUAGGGCUUGAAACAAAGGACCAAACUAAAUUUACUGGAAUUCAUUGUAUUGACCUCACUCAGAUCUGGAUUGGAUUUUAAUAGCUAACCGCACAGACCAGAGUCAUUUCAAAGUUGGCCUAUAAGAAUAAGGUUAUUGUGUAAAUUGAUAGCACUCAAAUGUGAUUUGCCAAGAGUCUUGUGAAACUGAGAAGUCCAGAACAGGCUCUGAAUUGGUUGGAGAAUCAACAUUUUUGUGACUAUAAGUGAGACAAAGUUAAUGCAGAAAUGAAAAUUUAAAAGUCAUUUCUAAAUUGAGCCCAGCCAUACAUUCCUGAAAGCACUUAAAAUUGCAGGCCGUUAAUCUGUUAUUUCUGGCAUGAUCUCUUUGGUUGCAGAGCAAGCUGUUUUCACAGAGGUGCUUAACUACUUUGUGGAUAACAAUUUACCAUGUACCACAAACAAACAUGUUUGCUCAGAAAUCAAUCCCACUGAUUUCUAUGGGAUUCACUCCUAAGUAAAUAUGCAUAGCUGGAUUGUAGCCUUCAAAUAUGAGUUAGUCUCUGGAAAAGGUUAAUGCUUGACAGUUGUUGGAGGCAGAUGAUUGUUGACAAAUGAGAGUGUUGCUUCCGGUUUGGCUACACCCCCAUGCUCUUUCUGCCACAUCCCCUCUCUGUUCACCCAUGGAUUGUGCAAGGUCUUUUGUAUGGCCUAGUGUGCAAGGGAACUGGGGGGCACUAGUGCAAUGGUACAAAUUGUUCUGCUCAGGAGAGUCCUAGAACCUGAUCUUUUGUUUAUUUUGAUGUGUACAGUAGAGUAUAGGAGCACAAUAAACAAUGGGAUGUGUAUAAUUCAGUAAUCUAGCCAUAUUUAACCUUAACACAGUCUGUCAAAUGGAAGUCUACAUUUUGGAUUGUACUAAUUCUAUUCUACCGCUUAUGGCCUCUUGUUUUAUUAGUGGGUCUGUUCUUGCUCAUUUUUAUUUAAGUUGGCUCUUUGGUAACAUUGUAUGUGUAAAAGUAGAGGUACUGGGGGGUUAAAAAAAGGUAAUCCCAAUGUAAAGUGUGUAAAGUUCUGUUUGUGAAUAUAGCUAAUAUAUGCUGUAUCUUUUGGCAAAACGUCUGGAUGAUGGUUCCCCAAAGCCAAUUUUUAUAUUGCUGUUCUGAUGCCACUGGAAGAGGUUCUCUACCAGGGCAUCGGGAAAAAACAUGCAAAAAACCUCACAAAUAAAUCUGAGCAAUUUGUCAGUCCCCUGUCUUGAGAGCAUUUUGUAACUUUGUAAUUUUGCAUGUGCUUAAUGUUGAUUUUCAGAAGGCUUUUUUUAAAAAAAAAAAUGUUUGUUAUUGGAUAUAAAGAAAUAAAGCACGCCAAAGGCCCCAA